AUGAGUAGUCUACUACAUUCUGCGAUAGCCCUCGGCUUGUGGGCCAUACAGGGCUCAGAGGGAAGAGCCCUCUCCGAGCCCACGCAACGAUCAUAUAUCACGGACCAUGACCGACUACCUGCACAAACACAAAUGAUAGAGGUCCCUGAGCUUAGACACAUGGCAAAGCGUCAAACGACCAGCUUAUCAAACUUCGUCGUCACUGUCACCAUAGCCCCAGACGAAACAUGCGGUUGGCUGUCAGGGCGUCCAGGGAUCCCAAUUACUUGCGAGAACCAUCAACCCUGCAUGUGGAUUAGUGCAGGACCGUUGAUCUGCGGCGCGCUUGAAGAGCCCAAGCAGUGGGAGGUUCGGCUCAAGUGUAUUGAGAGCGAGGCGGCAUUGAAUACUGAUCUUUGCAACGAUACCUGCGUGAGCGCUGCCCACAUUCUUCGCUGCACCGAGGAGUCGGCUGCAUAUUGUCGAACGUAUGCCUACCCAGACGGAGUUCGGGACUAUACAUGUGCACCGACCCCCAUGACCCGAGUUUCGAGCGUAUCUUUUACCUACGAUGGUCAGAAUAAUGCAGACCUUAUCACUACAACCUACACCCGAACCAAUUCACAUAUCUCAUCAACCGAACCGGUUUUUUCUACCAUACCUCCCCCGCCUCCUCCUUCACGUCUGCCUCCUCCAAACCAUCAUAAUGUCGGAGCCAUUAUCGGUGGUGCGAUUGGAGGAUUCGUAGCACUAUCGCUUAUAGCAUUUGCAAUCUUCUGGUUCGUUCGACGGCGGAAGAAGGAUGAUACUCCCCCUGUUCAGCAACUCCCUUCGCCAAUGCAGGUUGCUCCAAUGGAACCAGCUCCAUCGACUGGGGCAGCGCCAAUUGAUCCGAAUGCUGGAAAGACAGGCCCAAAUUCCCCGGUGCAGUCCGAGUGGAGAGGUUCGAUGAUGACUGUACCGAGCUCGGUUAGCAAUCCCGCCUCGUCGCAAGGUUGGAUGAAUCAACCAGUGUCGCCAAGUGUCCAAAGUGCGGCGUCUCAAGGUGUACCGCAGCCUAUACCGCAGCAUGUAGCUCAUGAAAUGAGCGGAGAUUCUGUUCGACCUCAGGUCUAUGAAAUGAGCGGAGAUCCUGUUCAACCUCAGGUCUAUGAGAUGAUCGGAGCCUAUGCCCAUCCUCGGGUCUAG